AUAGCAAUCUGACAAGAGACAGGUUCUCUGUAACUCAGAAUAACUGCCAAAGUUGAUUUUUUAGUUUUCUGGUCAGAAAAGCAUAAUUUUAGAUAAAAACAGAUCAAGGUCAUCUCCCUACAAACCAAUCUUAUUGAUUCUGUCUCGUUUCUAAGGUAGCGUUUCUGGCGUCAUGCCCUAUGCAUAUAGUGAGAGCAAAUACUAUGAGGAUAAAGGACAACUUUGAGGAAUUUCCCUUCCCAAAUUGACAAAGGCAGAUCCAGAAGAUUUUAAAAAUAUAAGAAUGAAAUUUCAAAGGGAUACUGGAGGAAAUCUUGGUGGCAAACCUAUGUUGCAGGCUAAACCUGGACCUAAGCCUGCUAUACCUGCAAAACCAACUAUACAGCCAAAUAGUGAGCGUUGUUUUCAGAAACCUGUACCCAAAGCUUUAUCCUCACCAGAUCUAGCAGUCUCCCCAAAAAGUGACCCUUUGAAAGCUGCAGGAAGCUCAUUAUGUUCACAUGAAAGCUUCUCAUAUCGAAGAAACUCAAGAAUUCUUCCUGAAACUUUGGUUGAUAAACCUUCAGUUCCACUAAAUAAACCUACUGUUCCAAAACUGUCUGCAAACAGUCCACUUAACAAAAAUAGUGGAAAUCCCUCACUGCAUUUUUCACAAGUCAAGAGGCCACCAAUCGAAUAUUCCAACAAACCCAGGUUAAAACUUCUGCCAAGUGAAGCUGUACUUGGAGUAAGACCAAAGAAACCUGCUCGGCCUCCUAUUGUAGAUCUUGAAAAAUUCCAAGAACCAAAAGAAGCUGAUGAUUACGAUGACUAUAUGAUAAUGAGAAGUUUCUUAGACUCCAAACAACAAAAAACACGAUUAACCACUUCUCAGUCUCAGCCUAACCUCACAACCUGUUUUCCAACACAUUCUGUUAGAAAUUCAUUUGGAGGAAGCUCAGAAAUAAAUGAAAGCACACUACCUCGCACGCCAGAAAGGAAGCACUUAUCAACUUCACUACAGCAUGUUGUGAUAACAGAAACUGAGGCACCAGAUGAAGUAUAUGAUGAUGUUGAUGUGGUCCUUGGAAGAAAUAAUCCAACAACUUCCCAAAUGAGUUCACAAACCCUGGUAGAACAAAAUGUGUUAAUAACUAAUUGGAGAAAUGAAACAAAUCUGAAAAAACUUCAAAAGCAAGAGCAAGAAUUCAGAAGAAGAUUUCAAUUUCAUGGGGAAAUUAAAGUACUUACCCGAAUGAUGGUUGACCCCAAUGCUAUUAUUCAAAAACCUGGCUAUAAGGAUCUUGCAUACACAAGAGGAGAAAUCUUGGAUGUUAUUCAGCUCACUGGCUCAGAUAAAAUAUUAUGUCGCAACUUUGAAGGAAAAUUUGGAUAUGUACCUAGAAAGGCGGUUCUCAGCAUAGAGAAAAAUAUCUACAGUAACGUCAAUACUGAUGAAAUAUAUGAUAAUACAGAUUUAAUAUCAAAUAAACUUCCUGCUGUGGCAAUAAAACCAAGAUUUCAGAAUGGCUAUGUGGCAAGACUUCUUCAAAGAAAUCCCAGCAACAAAAGCAGUAAACCUCCAUUACCAAAACGAGAGAAUUCAAAAUCAAAAAAUGAAGACAAAGAACUUAAAGAAUUGAGGAAGAAAUUCAAGAUCCAAGGUGAAAUAAGGGUUUUGACCCAUAUGAUGGUUGUUCCAAGUGCUGGAAACAAAAGAGGAGGAGGGAAAGAACUGUCAAUUAGUAAAGGUGAAAUCCUUGAAGUAAUCCAGUUCACCAAUGAAGAAAAACUAUUGUGCCGAAAUAGUAAAGGCAAAUAUGGUUAUGUUAAGAGAAGAUAUGUUUUACAGCUUGAAAAAGAAAUUUAUGAUGAUGUUGGCAUCUCAGGUUCUGGGAUUACACAACAAAGAAGAUAAAUGUGGGCAUUUAUAUUUUUUUGUUUUCACUAUUUAUUUAUUUUUUUUUUUUUUUACAAUUUGUUUAAAGCGGCAGCAUAUCUCAAUUAUCUUACCUCACAAUAUGUUUUGCAUUCUUUUUAAAAUUCUAAUUGUUUCUGAUGUAAAUGAAUACAGUACUUCAAGGAAGAUGGAGACUGGCAGAGCUGUAAAUGACUCAACAUGCAAUUUAAACUCCAGUGUACACGACUGCUUUAAGUAGAGCAUAAUAUAGAAGUAAUCCUAUCUGCUGAUUUAUGUAACCCUAUCUGAAAGCAGGAUGUGAUACAGAAAGAGAUGGUGAGCUCCACAAUGUAUAAGUUUAUGUGAUUUUGUUCAGGAUUUUUAUGUAAAAAGCUAAUCCUGACAGGACUCCUAGGAAAGGCGGUUACAGAUUCCCUCACUGGGAUUUACAAUCAUUUCUGUACACUGAUAAACGGAAAGCUGUCAAUCACUAGGCGUGAAGGCAAAACUCUCACUUCCUCUCCUAGUCAUAGAGUCCUUUCAGGAUUUGCUUUCCGACCACAAAUUGUAUUGACCUAUAUAUCAAAAAGCCCAGCAUUGUUCUCUGUCAUAUGCUGCCAUCAGGUAGGGUAAAAACAUUGCAGUAAAUGGGAUCAAAAUUAUCAAAAUUGCAGUAAAUGGGAUCAAAAUACUGAUGAACAACCACUCACACACCUACUAUCCAUGAGGGGGUAGUUGCUUAGUGUUAUAACUUAAAAUAGAUAAGGCAUACAAUGGAUGACAGUUACAUGAUAACUUGAAGCAGUUUAUGCUGGCUUAAAGCCUAUUAUAUCAUAUUUGAUCACACAAGUUGCCCAGCAUCCUAUAUGUGCACCACACAGAAAGCUGGCACGCUGUGCUCCCCCAGCAUCACAAGACCAGGGCACUGUGUGAAAAAAAUCAUAAACAUGAUAGUAGUUGAUAUUUUGUCCAAAGUACCAAAGUUUGCAACUGACAUCAAGUGUCCUCAGUCUCUUACAAGUCCCUACACUAACAUUACAAUAAAUCAUCAUGGUGAGAAUAGGUUUUUAACCAUCUCCCUUGAACCAGUAACCAUUGAGUAUGGCCUCUUUUCUGUCACCUAAGAUAGGGCAGAAUAAAUGCAUGCAACCACUAGUAGUAUAGUAUAACAGCAGUAUAAAGUAUACAUUUGUAAAGGUAUUCCUAUGUAUGAAACUGUACACAAAAAGCAGUCCUCAGGUAUAGCAGACUGAUAUUUAAAGGGGUACUCCAGUAGAAAACAGACAACAAAGUUAAACAGAUUUGUAAAUUACUUUAAAUAAAA